GAACAACUGGCAGGCUCUUCAACACCGACGGUUCUCCGCAUGAGACAACGGUGCUCGAACAUUUGGCGACUCAUUCGGUGCGGGUCAUUUUCGGCUAAUGACUUUCUUUCGGUAUACGGCUCAAUUCCCAUUACACCGGCGUUUUUGGAUUUCUAUACCAUCAUGUUUGCCCUUUGCGGAUUCUAUCAUAGAUUGGGGAAAACGGCUUCUUUCUCCGGCGAUCUUCGACUUUUCCAAUCUAUUACAGCUUCUUGACUCCCAUUGCUUGGGAUUCCGGCGUCGCCCAGCGAGAUCUGAUGGCUGUUACCAGGCAACUCUGGUGUUGCUUGGACGCGUCCUUGUGGCUCGUUGUUACUGAGUCUGUCUCCGCGUGCUCCGCCGUUGUACGGAUUGGAGCACUGGGGUUGUUCAAUUGGCAGAAGACUGGUAAACCGGAUGUCUCUGUCGUUGAAUACCCAACGCAGCGACUUGCCUGCUGUGGCAUGUUGAUAUCGCCGUUUCGGGACGUCGUGCGGCCGCGGUCCUCGGCGCCACUCGCUUGCCGCCCUCAUCAAAAGUUAUACUGGGUUCUCGAAGUACUUCUGGUGUGCUAUUUCAUGGGUCUUGAUCAUUUUCUGUGGGAUCGGGUCAUGAGGUUAAAAGUUGUACUCGCGGUUACCCCCAGCGUUUUCAUUCUGGUUUUACUUUGGAGGGUUUGUUCUGAAUUGUGUCUAAUUCCCCCCGCAUUUAUCUUGUUUCUGCAACCGGCUGAGCUUGCCCGGUCCCAGUGUUCCACUGUGGAUACCGGCGACUACAAGUCCUGGUCACGGCGCGUAGUUCGCGACCAUGCCAGCUUGGUCGACUUAUAUCCCGGUCGGGGUGUGGCUUGCGCAGGCUUUCCUUGCAUUAUGGUCUUGGAUUAGACGGGGGUUUCAGCGGGGUUGACAGCAGCCGGCAUUUUCUUAUUUCCCCGGUGCCGCUGUUUCGGAUUCUCAGGGCCAUUGCUUAGAGGCAUGUGGCUCUCUAUUUGUUUCUUAUUAUACCUAAGAUGACGACUUGACGAGUUCUGUGGGUUCAAGGGAAAUCGGGAAGGAUGAAUCAAAGAUGAGGAAGCUCUGGAAAAGGAUGGACAAGAGUGGACAAAGGUAGCGUGAAGAACACGAAGCAACCAAGCGGAGGUACGGCAAACCGUGGCGCAC